GGAUCAUCUUCCACUGUACUCACAAAGUCUGUUGUCUUAACGAUUUUAUCAGCACUGAGCCUCCAAGAAGUUCGCGAGUUUGUGAGUUUUGCUUGGAGUAUUAGAAAGCAAAACAAGUAGCCGACGACACGACCGUCGACCCCAAUAACGUGCAUUCUCCCGCUUCAGAAAAACCGAUGGAACACGUUGCUUACUCGUUAAAAAAUCGUCUGCUCUUACUGUGAAAAGAUGAUUUAGAUUUUCAUUCAGAUGACUCUUUUCUCUAGGAACUAUUGACUUAACUGCCAACAUUCCUGAUUCCCUAUUAUAACAUUACUAGUAACUUUAAAUAUAAUAUCACUGAUGACCAAAAACACGAGUUCUUUAUUUCUUUCCGGAUUUUUUAUAAUAUAACAUGGAAAACGAGAAAAAUACAAAUAACAGUGGAAAAACAGAGAGUGAUGAACAAGGUAUAAAUAUUCCUGACUGCGAAGAUUGUCAUAACGUCGACAAAAAAUGUUCGAUGUUAAAUACGAAUAUGAGUAAACGUCAAUUAAAAAAAAUCAAAAGAAGAGAAAAAUGGUUAGAACGAAAGAGCGAAAAAAGAUUAAAGGAACGAGAAAAAGCAAGGCAGAAACGGGCAUAUGCUCGUGCAAAUAAUAUAAGUCUUGGACCAUCUAGGAAGGCCUUAAAAAAAAGUACCAUGGCUGACAGUAGUUGUAAAAUUGAAGUGUCUAUUGACAUGUCUUUUGAUGAUUUAAUGAUUGAUAAAGAUAUUGCAAAGUUAACAAAGCAGAUACUAAGAUGUUAUACAUUGAAUAGAAGAGCUCUUGCACCAAUGCAGUUUUCUGUUACUGGCUUCAAUGGUACGUCAAGAACACAUAUGCAAAAACAUAAUGGGUAUCAACAUUGGGAUGUAAAAUUUUAUGUAGAAACUUAUUUGGAUAUUUAUCCGAAAGAGAAGAUUAUAUAUCUAACUAGUGAAUCAGAAAAUGUGAUCAAUCAUCUAGAACAUGAUUGUGUGUAUGUUAUAGGUGGUCUUGUUGAUCAUAAUAGUCAUAAGGGUUUAUGUCACAAGGUAGCAAAACAGGCCGGCGUAAGGCAUGGAAGACUUCCUUUAGACAAAUUUUUAGAGAUGAAGGCUAGAAAGGUUUUAACCGUUGAUCAUGUAUUUGAAAUUUUGCUUCGAGUUAGUGAAGGUGAAACAUGGCAAGAAGCAUUUUUACAAGUAUUACCAGAAAGGAAAAACGCUCAACCUAUUUUAUCCUCAAAAGAAAGCGAAAGUGCAUUAAACAUUUGUGAAAAAGAAACAAAUGAUGAAACAACUGAACAUAUUAGUAUUUUAGAAAAAGACAAAAACACAUUGGAUAUUCAUAAAGAAGAAAAUAUUUUCUACGUAAAUAGUACAGUAGAAACAAAUACGGAAGCUAUUGAUAAUAAUACAAGUAAUUCAUGUACAUAAUAAAAUUAAAAUACAAAGAUAAAUAAAUUAAAUUAAAUAUUGCAUUGUACAUAAAUAUGGUUUGUGCUUCAAAUCGAAUUAACCUGUGUUAGUACGGCGUAGUAUAAAUUUUUAGUUUCGUAAUUUUUUAUCGUUAUUAUCGCAUUGUGUGUAUUUGUUAUCAC